UGCAGUCUAAAUUCUAAAGUGAUAUCUACCCUUAGUGACAGGGAAACAAGUUUCUAGUGCAUCCGGGGCGUUGAUUGCCAGGGCAAACUGUACGCCCACGUACGUCUGACAUGGCAAGCAAGCAGUACCGGUCUAAACAAAGCCAUGAGACACCAGUUGAAAGAAGUGUGACAGAAGUUUCAAGAAUAAAAUGUCACGGGUCUCGUCCAUCAGACAAAUUGAAUCCUAAAACGAUAGAUCCUUUUGACAGCAAAGCGAAGUUCAAAACGUCAUUUUCUCAUGUCUACGGAAAUGGAGGAAUUCCCUGCCGAUUGAUUCAUGGAUCAGUGAAACACAAACUACAAUGGGACGUUGACUUGGAAGAAGUAUUAUUUGAUCCUGUUUUGAUCACACUAGCUGAAGGACUACGUGAAACAGAACAUCCAUACACAUUUGUGGCUCGAGAAGCUUUUAGGCAACUCCUGCAAUUGGAAGGAGCUGGAGAAAAAGCAGUGCCGGUCCUACCAAGACUAAUCAUUUCUCUCAGAUUGUGUUUGUCUUCUGAGGAUGCCAGUGUCUUUAGUGCUGGUCUAUCAGCUCUCAGUUGUUUGAGUCAAGCUGUCAGACAACACCUUAACCCAUACCUCAAGUCUCUUUUGGCACCACUGUCAAAGAGAUUGCAACAGAGAGCACAUCGAGACGAGGUUACAUCGACACUGCAGCAGCUCGAGAUAGGGGGCGGAAAGGAUGCUUUAGCCGUCAUCAAAUCCAAGAUACCCACAUAUUCUUCAGUAUUGCAAUGAGUAAAUGAAAUAGUCAAGGACUGUGUAGCUAACUGAAACAUUAGAUACUAGGAUAUUCUAUUUUCACACAUAAAUAGUAAUACAGUACUAUAUUAAAGAUAAAUGUGUCAUAACCAAAAAUUGAUAGACAGUCAACAGCCGCAUUAUGCACAACACUACACGUUUACUUCCCACAAACAAAUGCACAACAAUUCCAUAUUUCUUCUGCAGUCAACAGCCGCAUUAUGCAUGACAUUACACAUUUACUUCCCACAAACAAAUGCACAACAAUUCCGUAUUUCUUCUGCAUUAACAC